AUGAGUGACAAAGAUGCCAACAACUUCGUGCAGAACGUCGGCUACGGCUUUUCCAGUGGACUCUUGUUCCGGCAGAAUGUGCAGGUUCCAGACAAUGCCUUAGAGGCAUGGAGUACUAGCGACACCGGUGGCGUGACUGAGAGGAUCAGCAUGGGAGCUCGAAAUAGUAGUAGUAGCAGCAUAGAGACGGAGGAACCAUGGGAGGGCCCAAAGAUGACGAGGGAGGAGAGGGAGAGGGAGAGGCUGAUGGCUAUAUUCGACGGAGUUUAG